CUAUCUUACUUCAUACACCUGUAAGCCUAACGAUACGUCAUUUUACUAUUUACUGUUUGAGUGUGAAGACAAACGGACGUCAUGAUUUCAAAGAUUUUAUUCUCAGUUUUAUUGUGUACUUUAGUACUGGGCGUAACCAGUGAAAUAGAAGUGAUAGAUGGAAAAAUUAAAAUAACAACAUUAACAACUGCCGGCUGUGUUCAUACGGUUAACUUUAUCUCCAAUCAAUUGGCUCCAACUUAUGCACUUUAUGAACAAUACCUGGACGUCGAAUUCUUGCCUUGGGGGAGAACAAUCAAGUAUGACAACGGGACAUUCUAUUGUCAGUUCUCACCAAACAACUGCUGGGCCAACCGUCUCCACAGAUGCGUAUUGAACUUCCUGAGGGAUAAUCAAGCUGCCCAAGUGAGGUACAUGGACUGCGAAUUCAGCGUACCACAGCCAGCUUUUCAAAACAGCAGCUACAGUUGCGUUCAAAACGAGGGGCUUAGUUUGAUCGACGUCGAUUACUGUGUGCGAAAUCCUGACCUUGACGACUUGGAUGCUAUAGCUGAAGAAGCAUCACGCCCAGCAAUGGAUCCUGAAACUGGAAUAAAUGGCCUGCCAGCUGUAGUUAUUAACGGCAUAAUAGACAUAGAGCUAAGUAGACAAGCAAGGGCAAAUUUAAGGGGUUUGGUCUGCACAGCAUUAGCUAACAGUGGGGUCACCAAUAUAUCUAUUUCGUCUUGUGGAAAUUAAUAUGCUGUGAUGACUCAAUUUUAGCAAUAUUAAAAAUUGAGAAACCAUACACUUAUGGAUAUGAAAAUAAAAGGAUUCUGAAUAUAUUAUUUUUGUUAACAGAUUAUUAAAAUGAAGUUUAAAUAAUUCGAUUGUUUUUUCAAGACAUACACUUCAAUUUAGACCAAAUUUCUUGUUUGUGUGACAUGGGAGUAAAUUCUUUCCAUUAAAAAAAUAGCCAUGAAAAUGCUGAAAAUAUCGCGUGCUAAACGAAAACAGUGAGCCUAAUUAAAUUAAUCGUCCAUUUUGAAGUUGUUUAAAAAACACAAUAACAAAAUGUCAUAACAAUUAUUAUAAAUAUAUUUGGGAAAAUAUUGGCUAGUCAUAUUUUUGUUAUAACAAUUGUGGUGUGGGUGAACUAAUGUCAUUAUAGACAGUGAAAAUAUAGUUUACAUAUUUUUAACAAAUAACAAAUUUCCACAUAUAAAAUUGGAGGAAAAUACAACCAUAAUACAUAA